UGGGUGGCAAUGCCAGUGCCACCAGCAUCACCCUGAUGUGGUGAGCCUGCUGGGAGUGCAAGUGACUCAAGUAACUGUAGUUAGUCUUUCCCACUGUGUCUGACAGCGGAAGAAAGGAUGUGGAGAUGUUUUCCAUGAGCUGUUAACUCACGGUGGUUACAAAUACUCCACGAAUCGAAGCAGAAAUGUCCUCUAUGUCCCAAAGGGGGGCACGCGGGGAGGCUGUGCGCUCCAUGAGAGGCGCUGGGUUGCAGGGGCGGACGGAGCUGAGCUCGAGCCAACCGUGUGGCCGUCAGCCUGCCUGCAGCAGCGCUGCGCUCGGGGGUGACAAAGCCCUUCAGCUGUCUCCUGCGGCUGCGAGGCUCGAUCUCAUGAAGCACUUGAGAUUUCCAGAUAAAAAGGAGGCCCAGCUGAGCUGAGCAGAGCACGCUUCCCGAUUUGCAUCGGCUUUAAGUGCCUGCCGCUGGUUUCGUAGUGACUUGAACGGCUCCAGCCUUUAGACUUGGGAGGUCCUUGGGGAAGAAGCAUCACAGCGCGUGCAGCGGCCCGUGCUUCUCCAGCCCAGCAGCAGCUUUGCUUUCUUUCUUGUGUGUUUGACCCCAGCAAAUGCAGUGUGUGCAGGAUGGGCACCUCGCAUCCUUGUGCUGGCACCAGUGCAAGAUGCGAGAGCGUUCCUGUGGGGUGGUGGGAGAGCAGAGGAGGGCAGAGGUUGACAAGGCUGCUUGGUUUUGCUGCCCUUGAAACCAUCGUGCUGUGAUUUGCUCAGAAGAGCAGGGCUGGCUGGAGGCUUUGGGUGACAAAGGUGCUGGGGAAGGUGCUGCAGGCUGUGUGCUGCCCGCUCCAUUCCUACUCCAUUCCCACCCCAUCCCUGCCGUGGGGUCCACUCAUCCCCAGUGCUGGCUGUAGCUGUCUGAGGCUGGGACAUAAGUAGGUUAUUGCUUUGAGCAACAGCCAUCCUCCUUCUCAGUGCUUCACCAGUCUGCCGUAUCCUAAUUUAAGUUGUCUAAUACACUGCAUGUCUCGAGCCGCAUCCCCGAGUGCUUUAUUAUGCAGAUGUCAGUCACAGUUUCAUCCUUAAGGUUGAAUUGAAUUUGAUUCCGCUCCCCACCUUAAAGCAGGGAAAUCAUCCUCUGUAUGGAUGAGGAAUACAGCAGAUCCUCCCCAAAAUUACAGUAUGUGCUCCUAGGGCUCAAUGAGUUUCCCUUUUAAUUUAAAAGCAAUUUGUUCAUUCUUUCCAGUUAACAUCAAUUUGGAGAUGUGUCCUUGUAAGGAUGAGUCACCUCGUGCCAGGAGUUUGAGCCUUUUUUUGCCUUCAGAGACCCUUUUAAAGUAAAAUUUCUCAUGUGCAGAACUUGCUCUAAUAAUGUCCAAGGGUGACUUUUCCAAAUGCUUGGUGCUUUUCUCUUGGCUGUUCUUGUGAGGAAUGGUGCUCUUCACCUUUUUCGCCCAAUGGGAGGAUAGCUGCCACAAGCCAGUGCUUGCAAAACACCUCCAAAUUUGAGGGGAAAAGCCUUGAUGUAUCAUUAAGGGUUCAGAGAAACGAGGGAGCUAUUUUGAAGGUACUUUCAGGGGUUUCCUAUCACCGCUAAGGCUGAAGAGCCUUUUCACUUGGAGACAGCCCUGCUUUUAGAGAAGAGAAGGAGCACACCGAGGGGGAAAUGGAGGAGAAAACAUCUGUGGGGCAGAGCUCCCGGAGCCAUGGGAUGACAGUGACAGAGUGCUGCGUGCGGUGACGGUGAAUGGUUCUUGGUGCUGGUGUAGAAAGCCUGGAAAAUAUUCCUGGGCUGAUGCCCAGGCAGAAGCUGUGUGCUUCUGAAGUUGAGAUGGAGCGUUCGUGUUAAGAAAAUUGGUUGUGAUAUUGUCCUUAAGAACAAAUACAACAAACGUUUCUGAGUUUUGUGAGAUUAGGGUAUGCCAACAGGGAGCUGUGUUCGGAUGUUCUCAGUGGCGUUCCUUUAUCGUCUCCCUCCCUCCCCACGUUUUCCCAUCCUGCUGCGCUCAGAAAUUGGCGUGACCCGACCCGGAGCCGCGGGGAUGGCACGCGGGCUGUGCUGGCGCUGCUGGGAGGUGGAUGGGAGCCCUCUGCCCUGGCUCUGGAGUCGCGAGACAUCUGCUCGACUUGUUUGCGGCUUCCUGUUUGGCAUCUUUUGGGCAGAAGGGAGCUGGCAGAGGCUGAAGGAGGGAAUUUGAGUCACUCGGGAGCCCUUUGCCAGAAAACGUCUGACUCAGCCCAACUGCGGAGCAAUGAAUGUGGGAUCCAGCUGCCUCGCAGGGUGGGAACCUAUUCAUGAGUGGGAAAGGGUUGGUCAUCUACCCGGAGAUUGGGGACAAACUGGACAUUAUCUGCCCCAAGGCGGAGCCGUCCAAGCCUUACGAGUACUACAAGCUGUACCUGGUGAAAAAGGAUCAGGCAGAUGCCUGCAGCACUGUCAUGGACCCCAAUGUGCUGGUGACGUGCAACCGGCCCGAGCAGGAGAUCCGCUUCACCAUCAAGUUUCAGGAGUUCAGCCCCAACUACAUGGGCCUGGAGUUCAAGCGGCAGCAGGAUUACUUCAUCACAUGUGAGUCGCCCUCCUCUUCCUCGCUGGGGGCUGCGGGGGCCUGCGGAGUGUCACCAGGCGCUGCUUUGGGACUUGGCUGCUGCUCAGUGCUGACACGCACGGAAAAUAUUUCCCACUGGAUGGGAGAAGGGAGGAAUGUGCCAGCCGAGGGGUCCUGGGCCCUUAUCUGGCAGCGCCAGGAGCCGGGAUGGCCCCUCCAGCGGGGUGAGACCUGCCCGCAGCCGGAAUGGUUUCUGUGUCUGGAAAGGUUUCGUGGCUGGAGCUUGUUUGUGGAGCCGGGCUGUGAGGCUGGAGUGCUGCAGGGCCGUCCUGUAGGGCACUGGGAUGCUGACGAUGUGCUAAGUGUCUCAGCCAUCCUUGCUGCCUGCCAUAGGAGGCAGCCUGGGGAGUUGCUCCUGGAGCUUCUUGUGAUCUAAGUGGCUGUAAAAUCCUACACGUUGGCCUGUUGUUGCUGUUUCUAUCUGUAACAUGGCUUUGUAGAAGGAAGGAGGCUGAGUUUCCUCUGAGCACACAGAUGAUGCACGCGGGGUGCACCUGUGGGUACCAACCAGCGCAUCUCCAUCAUCCGUGGUGGCUGUGAGCUCGUUGCUGGGGCUGCAUUCCCCCCUCCCUCCUGGUGCUGGGCGAUGCCUGCCUCCUCACUCACCUUGUGCCCCAUGCCCUGGGAUUUAUGCUUGGCUGCUCACAUCGCGUGCGAGCCCACAGUGCAGCAGCCAGGAAAGGGCACGGCAGCCCUGCUGCCCCCUGCGCUCACUGUCACGUGCUGCGGGCUCAUCGACAAGCAGCCUGGCACAGGGGUCAGCCGAGACUGCAGGCUGGGGCACUGGAAUCGGUCGGAGACGUAUUUUUAGCCUGAGCUCUCUGCUGUCAGAGUGGUUGGCCAGGAUCCUCCAGGCAUCCUCCAACUUGAGGCUGUGGGGCAGGAGGUGCCGCGGUGAUGCUGCCAGCCUGAGAGCUCCCUGCUGCCCUAUCUGGUGUUGGAAAUUGCUGUAUUUUCACUGCAGCAUAAUUUCACUAAGCCUGGGACUGAGGAAACAGCCAAAUGGGCUCCUGCAGGUCAGAUUUCAGCCCACCCUUGGAUCCUUAGCAUACAUUUGCUCAGCUCUCUAUAAUGCUUGGCUUGAGCACAGGAUGGUGCAAAAGGGAUUGCAGCAGUUUCUCGCCAAAAUGGCCCAUCUGCUCACCUGCUCCCAGUCCCGUGAUGCUGCAGCUGGGUGAGGACCUGGUGCAGCAAUGAGCUCCUCCUGCUGCAUGCACCCCUGCUCACUGUGUGUAUCCAGGGCUGGCUGCAGCAUGGUGGCUGUGGGACGGGACAGGUCAGCCUUCCUUGCAGGUCUGCAGCUGAAGCAGGCCUGAAUUCAGCUGUGAGCUUUCUGUGCAGCAGGCAGAAAGUGGGGAGAGGGGCUGAAAGCACUGCCACAGCUUUUCCUUUGGUGUUUGGGGCAAACACCAGGAAGUGCUUGGGCAGCUUCUGCUGUGUGUGGGGGGCUGCUCUGAGUCUUGCAUUGCACCUCGAGCUGCACCCCUGGCAACUCUCUUGCUGCAGCAGCGAGCCCACCACCCUCUGCAGCUGGAAAUACCUUUCCAGGACACAUGCAUUCGCCAGAACAAACUCAGAGCAUAUAGAAGCCCCAGGGAGAGUAAGUGCAUGGGUUUCCUUGUUGCAAACCCUGUGCACCUGGGCUGCCAGCACACCUGUCCCCACCAUGCCACCUCCUCAGCUGCUUGUGUUUGUGUUGUCUGGCUGCUGGUGUGAAAGCAGUCUCUCUUUUUUUUAAUUAUUAUUUCUCGCCUUGGUUUUCCUUUCUCCUUACAGUUAGAAGACUGCAACUGCAUUUUUAUUCCACUACCAGAACACUGAACCUUGUCCCACAUGCAGCAAUUUUCUCUGUGUUUGCACUGAAAUCUGGUUUCUAUCCGAGCGCUGGGGAAUCUGGAGGCUGUCACACUCCCACUGCCCCCCCAAGUCCCGGCCCCCACCCCAGGAGCGGUGCUGGUGCUGCGGUGCCCCCCGGUGCCCCCUGCCCGUGCUGCUCCGACCAUUUCUGACUUUAAUUUCUCUUGACUGCUCCUUGCUUUGAAGCGAGCCCCGGC